GGUGUACCAACUACUUAUUUAAAAAAGGAGAUCAAGUUCGUUUAUAAGGAAUCAAAAAUAUUUAUGUGUGAAAAAUGUAAUAAAUCAUUCGCUACUAAUAGCAAUCUUCGACGCCAUCUCAAAAAGUCAUGUAGAGCUCAAGAACCAUCUCCAAAGAAGCUCAAAGUUGCACACGAUACCCAGAGAUUUUGCGAUGUGUGUUCGGAGCACGUUUCAAGCCGAGAUUAUGUUGGACAUUUGCGAAGUGUCAAACAUAAAAAUAAUUCCCUUGCGUUUUCAACUGAAGGUGUUCAAGUAAUUACGUCAGCCUUCAAAUCUCGCAUUGUAAGCUACAGAAUAUCAGCGAAUACACAAUACAUUAAUCUGAAGGAAUUUGUCGAAUCGUUGGCUGACGUAAUAAAAAAAUUAGUUCGUGAGCAAAUUGAUAUCAUGGGUAGCGUUAAGGUGAACUGCGAGCUGUUUGGUUAUUUUAUUUUGGAAUCGAAGGAUCGAGGAGAAGUUAAGUCUUUUAAUACUCGUAACCAAGUAUUGACGAUAAGUUCCGACUUAAGUGAAUGGUUUAAGGAUAUCAUCGAAAAACUGGAAGUUGACGCAACGGAAUUUGAACAUCGCGAGUCAGGAUGGGCUCUUCAGCACUGA